AUGGUAAAUAAAUCUACAAUCGAUAAUAAAAUUAAAGAUAACUCUAGGAAAUAUCAAGAAUUAUUAGACAGUGAUGACGAAUUUCCUAUUGAUUAUUAUGAAAUUCCUUCUACUCCUGCAUACAAGAUUGACAGUCGUUUUGACAAGAUUACGUUUAAGUGGAUUAAUGACCCAGAAAAAUACAAUUAUUCAAAUAAAAAUUUGCCGUCUAAAACAAAUCCCUUGACUGAAAAACAGGAUAAUGUACAGCAGGAUCCUACUACAGGCAAUAUAAUUAAUGAUAGGCUAGUGAUACAAAAAGGCAUUCUAAGUAAAAAAGAUUUAUAUUGUUUGAAAUUAAUUCAAGGGUGUAUUGGUGACUCUACAUUUACGUGGCUUAUACAAUUUUUGAUUUAUAAAGAUAUUCAAUCAAUUUAUAGUAUCCCUAAAAGUUGUCUUGUGAGUACUGGUUUAUGCUAUGAAAAAAAUGCUUAUAAAAACAUGUCUUUAUGUGAAACUAAAAGUUUGUAUAAGCUUGUCAUUAAAGUU